CCGAGGCGUCGCCCUUCGGUCCAGCCCGCCUGGAAGGUCACCUGUCCUGUCAGGUUCCCCAGGGCAGGUCAGACCCGACCCUGCCGUGCGAGGGCCUCCCUCGGUGUCUCCCCGCACAGCUCCGGGCACACACUUGGCAGUGAUGCAUGCCCGGUGAGGACUGCCAGAUAGUAAUGAAGGUUCUUUUACUGAAAGACCCUAAAGAGGAUGACUGUGGCCAGGACCCUUAUAUCAGGGAAUUAGGACUAUAUGGACUUGAAGCCACUCUGAUCCCUGUUUUAUCAUUCGAGUUUUUGUCUCUCCCCAGCUUCUCUGAGAAGCUGUCUCAUCCUGAAGGUUACGGAGGACUCAUUUUUACCAGUCCCCGAGCAGUAGAAGCAGUGGAAUUGUGUUUGGAGAAGGACAGUAAAACUGAAGCUUGGGAAAAGUCUCUGAAAGAAAAAUGGAAUGCUAAGCCAGUGUACGUGGUUGGAAGUGCCACCGCUUCUCUAGUGAGGAAAAUUGGCCUGGAUACAGAAGGAGAAAAAUGUGGAAAUGCAGAGAAGCUCGCAGAAUACAUUUGUUCCAGGGAGUCACCAGCGCUGCCUCUUCUGUUUCCCUGUGGAACCCUCAAAGGCGAGAUCCUGCCGAAAAUGCUUAAGGACCAAGGGAUCCCCAUGGAAAGCAUAACUGUCUAUCAGAAGAUCCCACAUCCAGGAAUCCAAGGGAACCUGAAGAGCUACUUCUCCAAGCAGGGUGUCCCAGCCAGCAUCACAUUUUUCAGUCCCUCGGGCCUGGCAUAUGGCCUCCAGCAUAUCCAGGAGUUAUCUGGUGACCACAUCAAUCAAAUCAAGUUUGCAGCCAUCGGCCCCACCACGGCACGCGCUCUGGUUGCCCAAGGCCUACCCGUGAGCUGCACCGCAGAGAGCCCCACGCCAGGAGCCCUGGCCGCGGGCAUCCGGAAGGCGCUCCAGGCCCACAGCUGCUGCUGAUUGGUCCCCUGGCACCCUGGGCUCUCUCAGCCUUCCUGGGCCAGCUCCUCCAUGCUGCCCCCUUGGGAUGGAGCAAGGCACUGGGCAGAAAGCAAGUGUCUAACACCUGCCUCGAGCCUGAGUGGAACCACCUCGGGACCAGGGCCAGGAAGAGACCUGGGGCUGGCAGCAGGCCUGCGUGCAUGUGACAUCUUUCCAUGGAGGCCCACUCGGACCCUCACCCAGGUGCUUGCUGGCUGCCAGGCCCUGAGAAAGCACCCUCAGCCUGGGAAAGAGACCCAAUAAACCACACAACGCUGCGCA